AUGGCGCCGAAGGAUAUGACCGUGGAGAGAAAGGGAGAAGUUGACAUGGUGGCGAGCCCAAACGAUGGAAAAAUGGCAUAUGUGACCUUUUUAGCUGGAAACCUAGACUAUUGGAUGGGUGUAGUUGGUCUCGCCAAGGGCCUCCGUAAAGUGAACUCGGCUUAUCCUCUUGUGGUGGCGAUUCUUCCAGAUGUGCCAGAAGAACAUCGUCAAAUCUUGGUUGCUCAGGGUUGCAUUGUCCGAGAGAUUGACCCAGUUAUUCCGCCAGAAAACCAAGCCGGUUAUGCUAUGGCUUAUUACGUCAUCAAUUACUCAAAGCUUCGUAUUUGGGAGUUUGUGGAGUAUGAGAAGAUGAUAUAUCUUGAUGGAGACAUACAAGUGUUUGAUAACAUUGAUCAUCUUUUUGAUUCUCCUUCUGGCUACUUGUAUGCCGUUAGAGACUGCUUUUGCGAGGGUAGUUGGUCCAAAACACCUCAAUAUGAGAUUGGUUACUGCCAACAGUCACCAGAAAAGGUGACAUGGCCAGUGGAGACUUAUGGUCCUCCGCCACCAAUGUACUUCAAUGCUGGUAUGUUGGUCUUUGAACCAAACCUCCUCACUUACAAGGAUAUGCUUCAAGUUGUUAAAGUCACUGCUCCAACUUCUUUUGCUGAACAGGAUUUUCUGAAUAUGUACUUUAAAGACAUUUACAAGCCAAUUCCUACAACCUACAACCUCGUAAUGGCUAUGCUUUGGCGUCAUCCUGAACAUGUUGACCUUGAUCAUAUCAAAGUUGUUCAUUACUGUGCCAAAGGCUCAAAGCCUUGGAGAUUCACUGGAGCUGAAGAGCAUAUGGAUCGAGAAGAUAUCAAAAUGUUGGUGAAAAAAUGGUGGGAAAUUUAUGAUGAUUCAAAUUUGGAUUACAAGAACUUGGUUGAGACUGAGUUGAAGCUUAACCCGAUCAUCACAACCCUAGCUUCCAAGGAACCAGUCGGUGAUUGCCUUACCAGCCUUGCUCCCUCAGCCGCAUAAUCAAUCUUAUUGUGGAGUCUAUUUUAUUUCACGUUCUGUUUUUCCCUUUAAUUCAAGGUUAAGCUAUAUAUAUAAUUUUUUAUAAAAUUAUAUAUGGCAACCUCUUUUUAAGUUUUAUGUUUGCGUCUCGAGUGGUUUUGGUCUUGUGUUUUGUCAAUGACAACAACCUCGAUCACCCUCCUUGCUUUUGUGUCUCAUCCUCUUGUUAAAUCUUUUAUCAAUAAUAAGAAGAGAAUGCUGUUUUGGAUAUAGUUAUGUUUUUUCUUUUGUUCUGUUUUUGCAAAACCAGCUUUAUAAAUAUUUAAUAAUUUGAGAAGGUAACUUUGGAUGUGGCUUGUCUUCGAUAUUGUACGAUUCUAAGCUCGAGUCUACUUGGUUUGUGACUAUUGGAUGAUGCAAACAACCGAGAAGCAAAAUACGAGACACUUGUUUAUUCAGUGUUUACCACUUUCCUUGUAAGAAGAAGAAGGAUCGUUGCAUUUCGAAGCAGCUCUGUGUAGCCCUCAACGUGACUCGGGCAAGAUUGAGGUCAGGUCAUUUGUUAGAAGUUGUGUCUUUGGCUCGGUAUCGUUCCAAUUCUAAGAUCUCUCAGCUAUUUAC